AUGAAGCGCAAGGCUGACGAAGAGGAGGCGUUCCAGCGAGGAGCUGCGCAAGAGCCAGAGACUGGAACGGAGCGCAGGAAGCCUGCUCGGCCGAAAGGAAAGAGAAGCAAAGUGGAAGGCGAAGAGGUCGCUCCAGAGCCCGCAGAGCCCUUCCAGCUUCAGCGUCGCGUGAGUCGCUUGCGCACGGCUGACCUGGUGGAAGGCUCUUUGAUCAUUGGCGCGGUGCGAGACAUCACCGAAGAGGACUUGACAUUAUGCCUCGCGUACAACUUGCUCGCGUACGUGCAGCGGGCGGAGGCGAGCGAUGGCUCGCCAGAGGUCUCCCGCAAGAGUCUGGCGGAGCUGUAUCGGCCAGGGAUGCUCGUGGUUGCCGUGGUUCUGACGGUAGGCGAGAUGAGAGGGCAGAAGCUGAGGAUCGAAGCAUCUUUGCGCCCCGCGUUGGUCAAUGCAGGUUUGACUGCAGAGCACCUCCGCAGGAACAUGUGGCUUCCGGCAGCUGUCGCCGGAGACGAGGAGCACGUGCUCAAGUUAGACUUUGGCGUAGGUGACUUGACCGGCCUUCUCAAGAAGAAGGAAUUCGCCGGUGAGAAGAUGCCGCAUUUGGGUUCUAUCCUCCUAGUGGGCGUUGCGGCCGUGACUUCGUCUGGGACAGUCCGGUGCAUGCUUGCAUGCAAAGAGCCCUUAAGCGACGAUCCCAUAGAUGCGGCGUUGCUGAAAGCCGGCUCUCUCGUCACUGCCAGGGUCCGACAAAUCCAGUUCGGAGACUCGGGAGGAGACGGUGGACUUACAGUUACAUUCUGUGGCAUGCUGUCGGCCACCAUACACCGCCACCAUGCCAGCCAUGCCUCAAUGCAAGAUGGUUGGAAGAAGAACCAGCGCCUUGUUGCGAGAAUUCUUUCCGUGAUUCCCGGCGAGACGCCAACCAUUCAUUUGACUCUACUUCCACAUCUGCUUGACUGGGAGCACGAGACACUGAGCCAACAAGCAGCUAUUGGCGAAUUCUUGACGGGGGAAGUGCAGGACUUCCAGCCCAAGUAUGGCCUUCGGGUGUCCUGUGAAGGGAAAGCAGGCGAGGUUUUUGGAUUUUGCUCUGCAGCCCGGCUUGGAGAUGCGACGGAGGAUGUGAAAGCGAGUUCUGUGGCCGUAGGGCACAAGAGCACUUACCGAGUACUUUCCUACAACUUCUUGGAUGCAGUGGUCACCUUGACGCGGAGACCUUCAGAUCUUGGAAAAGAUGUCAUCGUAUCCGUGUCAGAACUUGCACCCGGUCAGCUUCUAUCCGGAAUCGUGACCCGAGUGGCAGAUCACGGUAUACACGUCAAAAUCAGUGACUACGUGUCGGGGCACGUUCACCUGAGACAACUCACCGACGUGCCUUUGGCCGCCGUUCCGAAGCGCUUGCAAGUUGGAUCCAAAGUCAAGUGUCGGGUCCUCCACGUGCAUGCGACCCGUCGACAGCUUACAUUGACUGCCAAGAAAUCUUUGGUCAAAAGCGACUUUCAACUCACGCAGAAUUCCAUGGCAAGACCUCACAUGCUUUUGACUGGAUACAUCAGCAGCAUCCACGACUAUGGUGCCAUCGUCAGUUUCUACGGCGGUGCCUUCGGCUUGAUCCCGACCAAAGACAUGGAGUCUGAAGAAGCUCCGGCGUUGGGGAUGGCCGUUCAAUGUCGUGUGGCCUUUGUGGAUGUGAAGCGUGACAGGGUGGGCCUUUCGCUGAAUCCGGAAGACGGUGUAGCAGCAUCGGAGCUUCUCCAGGAUGGGCUGACGUUUGGCGAGUUCUUGAAACGCCAAGCUGCCGAAAAACGAAGCAAGCGAGCCGCUGCCAGCGAUGGGACAGCAUUGAAGGAUGGGAAGCCACGUAAAGAGCGAAAAGAAGCCAAGCUGCCGCAGAUCAAAGAUCCUGAAAAGGAGCUCCAAGCUGGGUCUCCGCUCAAGAUGAGGAUCCGCGCGACUCACGGCCUGCAGGUGUUUUGCACGGCGCCGGUAGGUUUACGUGGCCAUGUGCAUGCCACUCAACUGGUAGAUCUGGAUGAUGUGGGGAGCGGAGGAACCCUUCCGCUGCAGGAUAUACCUGAGAAGGGCAUCUUGAGGACAAGACUCUUGAGAAUACACAAGCGCUCAAGGUCAUCAAAAGAAAAGGGCAAGUCCCGGAAAGGUCUCUAUCAUUUGGUACUGACAUGCCGGCCAUCGUUGAUGGCACCCAAAGAUGCGACAGACUACGAAGCUGCCAUUGUAAGGCGUCAGUCGCUCGCUCCUGGUUCACUUGUCGCAGCUGCCAUCUUGACCGUUCAGAAGAACGCCUUGAUGGUGGAGGUCGCGGACGGCUUGAAGGGGCGUAUCGGCUUGCUCGAUACUUCAGCAGAUCCGUCAGUUUUGCGAUAUCCAGCACAGCAUUUCACCCCAGGCCAAGUGUUCCAAAGCCGGGUGCUUCAGACAAACAGCUCCCACAAAACACUGGAUCUGUCCUUGCUUCCCUUGAAGCAGUCUCCUGUUCUGGGCCGCCUCCAGAAGGUCCAUGACCCGAUUAGCAAGGGUGUUGCAGCAGAUUUAGAGCUCCCAAACAGAUGCUGGGGCACGGUGCACAUCACAGAAGUCUUCGAUGUUUGGACUCAGCAUCCGGCGAAAAGGCUCAGCCUCGGGUCCUUUUACGAGGUUGCAAUUCUCAGCAGCGACUUUGCGCCGGGUCAGCGACUGGACGUGAGCUUGCGCCCAUCUCUCGUCCAGGGCCACAAAGAGGCAGCAGAGGAAAAACGGCCAGCUUCAGUUUCUGAGCUCGCUGUGGGCCAGAGGGUUUCGGGAUACGUGGUGAGCUCUGGGCCACGUGGUGUUUUUGUGGCUUUGAGCCGGCUCCUGACUGGUCGAAUCAAGCUGAGGGCGCUCAGCGAUGUGCCUGUCAUGAAGGAGGCCAUCUCCAAGAUGUAUCCUGCGGGGAUGCUCCUGCGCGACAUGGCGGUAGCAGAGAUCGACCAAAACAACGAGAAGGUGGAGCUGUCUUUGCUUUCUACAGAAAGCGGGCUCACUGUGGGACAGCUUACGACAGGAGACAUUGUCUCCGGCCGCGUCAAGGCUGUCGAGGCGUAUGGUCUCUUCAUCCGCCUCGACAACUCGAGCAUAGAUGCUUUCGUGCACAAGUCUGAGAUAUCAGACUCUGCAUCCAUCGGCGUAGAGUCUUACCCUGUCGGGACCAAGAUCUCCCAAGCAAAGAUUCUAAAGAUAGAUGGACGAAGAGUCGGCUUGACCUUGAAAGCCUCCAGCUUUACGGCUCAAGAGCUGGAGGGGGACGACUCAGUUGACGAGUUCGAGGAACUGCUCGCUUCUGCCUCGGCCGUGUCUCCAAAGCAGCCUCCCAAGAGCAAGAGGAAAGAUCUCCUCGUCGAGGAGGCCCAGGAGGAGGCACCGCCGAGGCAAAAGAAGCAGAGAGUUGCCAAGGCCGAGACAGAGAAGCAGGCGGAGGCGGAGGAGCCCGACCUGGAGCCUUGGAAAGCCAAGGGCAGUUCGACGUCCAAUCCCGCUGCCUUCGACUUCGCUGAGUUCAAGGUCGACUCUGGCACUUCGUCUGAUGCUGCUGCCGAUGAUCCGGAGGAGAACGAAACCGGCAAGUUAUCCAAGAGGCAAAAGAAAGCCAAGAAGAAGCAGGAGGAAAAAGUGCUGCGGCAGCAGGAGGAUGAGAAUGCCGUUGGCCGAGAUCCAGAAAGCGUGGAGGACUUCGAGCGUUUGCUUCUAACGAAAGGAGAUACUUCGAUCCUGUGGAUUCGUUACAUGGCCUUCCACUUGAAGACCAGCGACCUGGAGAAAGCCCGGCAAGUGGCAGAGCGAGCCGUAAAGCACGUGGGCUUUGCAGAUGGCAAGGAACGGUUGAACGUCUGGGUGGCUUUCUUGAACCUGGAGUGCACCUUCGGAACCGACGCCUCCGCAGACCAAGUCUUCCGCCGGGCCGCAAGCCACAACGAAGCCAAGCAGGUCUACCUACAGCUGGCAAGGAUCCACGAGCGCAACAAAAAGCCACAGCUGGCGCUGAAAGCAUACGAAGCAUGCUCACGCAAGUUCGCUCAUUCCAAGAAGGUUUGGAUUGCUUUCCUUACUUUUCUCUAUCAGCAGGGGGACGCAGAGGGAGCCCGCAAGGUGCUUCCGAAGAGUUUGGCUGCUUUGGAGAAGCGGAAGCACCCUCUCGUAGUUUCGAAGACUGCUCUGCUUGAAUACCAGACCGGUUCGCCGGACCGCGGCCGCAGCAUCUUUGAAGGUCUAAUGGACACUUAUCCGAAGCGCACAGACCUGUGGUCCGUGUACCUGGAUGCCCACAUCAAAGCUUUUACUCCACCCAAAGUUCCCGAAGCCGAUCAUGAUGAGAUUCGUGCAUUGUUUCGCCGCUGUUGUUCCAUGUCGCUCAAAGCUACGAAGAUGCGAUUCUUCUUCAAGCGAUGGCUGGACUUCGAAACUCGAUGGGGCGAUGCUGAAAGCCUACCCCUUAGAGCCCUGACCAUGGUGGCGGGCUGGCUGGGACUCGAUGCAAUGCGGCCGAGGUUGAGUGCAUAUGAGGUUGGUGUGACUUUCUUGCUCCUCCGGUUCGCAGAGGACCAAGGCGAGCCCAUGGUCGUCUUAGAAGUCCUCAUAGACGAAGUGAGACAGGCAUCACCGGACAACCUGAAAACUCUUUCAGACUUGCAGCGCGAGCUCUGCGCCAGCAAGGAGAGGAUGGAAGUGUGGCAGAUGCUCAUAGCUGGUUUGUACACUUUGACUUCUCCAGAUGCCUUGUUUGAGUUGUUCCGCAACCUGGAGUCCAUGAUAUGCCGAGAGCUCGUAUCUGCUUCCGUGAUGCACUCCAGCGGAGCCUUCGGCCAGCUGGCGAGGCGCUUCGUUCUAGCUUUCAAGCAGUCAAGCUUCGAAGAGAUUAUCAAGUUGUACGAUGCAGUCGAAAGCUUUCGCAGGGAAGGGAUCUCGGCUUUCGGCCAGCUAUCGUUCAAGGCCGACAGUCCUGAGACAGGCUCUGCCGCCUCGUCACAGCAGACCGUUUCAGAGUACAUGAGCAGCGUGCGAAGCAAGUUUGCGGACUCGGCUGCCUUCUUACUGCGAUGCUUCCACGACCAGCGAUCCUCAGUGAACGGUCAGCAGAUUCAGCAUGCCGUCUUGGGCUUGGCCAACCUGAGCCUCGAGAUGCGAAAUUUGGACGACGCCUUGCAAGCCUUGGAGGACAGCAUCCGUGCCGCCCAGGAGAGCUCUGACGCGAACUGUCUCUGUGCUGGGAUGUAUUUGCUGAGCAACCUGCUCCUCUCCAACAAGCCCAGCAUGGCAGCAGCACUCCUUCGCCGAUGCCUGCACCGAUCCGAAGCUUUGGGACUCCCUUUGCUUGAAAGUCUGAGUUCAUUGGCCUUGGCACGGAUCCUGGCACUGCAGCCGAGCCUCGCUACUCGACCGACAGAGGCGGAAGCCCCUUUGGGCCCUGGCGGUGAAAGCAUGAGCCCUGCUCUGCUGCAGGGGGCCGGGGCCCCUUUGGGUUCUUUGCCGUCCCGGGCUUGGGCCUUUCUAGGAAAAUCGGGUGCACGGGGUAGUGGCUUUGGGGUCUUGGCUGCUCUUUCCACACCGGGGCGCGAAGUGCUGGCACAUGUCAGCCUGGCAUCCCUCCUCUCUACUCAAGCAGGGACUUUGGAGCUGUUGCGUCCAAAAGUCCUCCUGUGCCAGGCAGGUGUUUCACAAAGGUUUGGCCUUAGCUCUUCGGCAUCAUCUUGCCAAAUGGUGCUUGACAUCUACAAAGACCGGCUUGGUGCUGAUGAUCGCGCAUUGGCUUUUUGUCAGUUGGCAGACGAAGACAAACAGACGGAUGCGAUGCAAGUCCUGUCCCGGCCUGACCUGUCGAGCUCGCGGCUCUGGGUACAUGCGAUUGGCAGAAAGAUGGGUGAGCGGUUUCUGCAGAAAGGACUCACGGAAGCCUUUCCGGCGCUGCUCUUCCAAACCGCAAGCGCCCAUGCCAAUAUGGCCUCGGAGGCCAACGCGGACAAGCUCCGCUCGCUCCGCUUUCAGAAGUUUAGCAAUCAGUGCCGGCUACACUCAGGCAAUCUUCUGGCAACGAAUCAGUCUGCACGGGAGGCUUGGGAGGGGGACGGAAAAGCCUCUUCCUUGGAGCUUUGUGAGAGCCUCCUGACUCUAACCCAAGUCAAUGAAGAGACCAAUCCUGUGCAAGCCGUGGCAUCCUGUGUCCGCUGCAUGUCGCUGGCAGAAGCUGAACGGCUCCGGCUCUUCCAUGGCGAAGCCUUGCUCCGGCUGGCAAAGCUGAAGCUCGAGCUUGGGGACAUCCUGGGUGCCUUGCAGCUCACGGAGGAAAGCACCAGCCACGUUCUGGAGGAUGCGAAAUGCCGGGUCGCCGAGUUGGAGGCCGAGUCUUUGCUGGAACUCAGCUCCAGGCUUCCAGCAGACUCCAGACAGCGGUCCUCAGUCUUCGAAGCGGUUCUGGAGCGCCUCUCCUUGGCCUGUGAUUCUGAGUGCCAAAGUAGGCAGAGGCGCUGCCACUACCUAAUGGCAAGGACCUGCCAUGCACGCAGCGAACAUGCCUUCGUGAACAGUUUGCUGGAAGCCCUUUCCGAGAAUGCGAAAGUCCAGAUCGAUGGAGUGGCUCCGGAUGGCAACCAUUCACGCGGACCGAUCUGGGAGAAUCCAUGGGAUGACCGAGAUCAGAUGAGACUCAAGCUGCACGAGCUAGGGACCACCUUGAAGCGCUAUGGGUCCUACGGCCUGGCUUCACUCAUCUGCGAGCUGAGCCUCGUUGUUUGGCAGCUUCGAGCUUGGUUCACGAUCGGUGCUGGCCUGCUGGUGGUUGAAGUCUUGAAACGCAUCUCUGAGAUGCACAGCCGGCUUCCAAGUGCAGAGGGACAAGACCCCGGCCUGGCAGCCUUGAGGGUCAUCGAAGGAUUCAUCUUGUUCUGUGCUGCACGGCACAAGAGGAUCCGCAAGGACGCGACCGCAGCUCUGGAACGAAUCCUGCUCAAGAAAAGGCUGCCGCCGUGCACGUCGGUGCGCAUCGAGGCUGCCUUGGUGAGUGUCGGCUGGCAGAAGGGCGCAGUGAGUGGCCUACAAAAGCCACACUUACUUGACAACGCGGGAGAGGACUGGCUGAAUGAGCUGGCGAUGGCUCUGAAGCCAAAUGCAGAAGCAGAAGCAAAGAUGACACGAACCAGGGAAAUGCUCCAAGCAGUGGUGCAGAGCCUCUUUCCUGGCGCGCAGUGUGACUACUUCGGAAGCGCAGUGAACGGCUUCGAAACUCGACUGAGUGAUAUCGAUGCCGUGAUCGUCUUCAGCAAGGAGGACAUGGAGCGGCUAUCGCAGAGAAAUGGGCCGUCUCCUGCCUCGUCACCAGCGUUGAAGGCGUCAGCGCCCCCCUUCAAGGGAAUGGCAUUGGCCAGGCGCUUGCAGAAGGAGAGUGCUGCCGUCGCUGUCCGAAUGAUGGGAGAAGCUUUGGUGGCCAACAAGGAGUGGGGCUUGGAGGUGAAGGAGAUGGUGACAGAAGCACGAGUUCCGGUACUGAAGUGCGCGAGCAAGGAAGGUGUGGCCAUCGACAUCACCUUCAACAACCUGCUGCCCCUUUACAACUCGAAGCUGCUUAAAGCCUAUGCGAGCCUGGACGAUCGGGUGGCGCGCCUGGGGCGCUUGGUGAAAUUCUGGGCGAAGAGCCGGAUGGUGAACGAUGCAUUGGAAGGUACUUUGUCUUCCUAUUCUCAUUGCCUGCUUCUGAUACACUUUCUUCAAUCUGUUGCUGUUCUACCGAAUCUACAAGACACCAGUGGCAUUCCGGAUGCAGCGGAGCGGGCCAAGUUCGGGGACAUCGACCUUUUCGAUGGCGUGCAUGAUGUCUGGUUCCUGGAUCCUGGACGCCUUCCCCAAUCCUCAGAGCGUUGGAAGAACUGGGCUUCCAAGUCUCCUGUGGGAGCCACUCUCAGAGGCUUGCUGGCCAACUUUUUCUGGUACUUGGCCUAUGAAGUUCCUGCCCACUCCGAUGUCCUCAGCAUCCGACUGCCCAGCCGGAUCCACAAGGAGGUCUACUUCAGAGACAUGCUACAGAGAAAGAAGGCUUUGGGACAGGAUCCUGUUGAACCCGUUUUAGAGCCUCUCGACACUGUGGAGGAGCACGACUGCGAGCUGGAAGAGAAGGUGCCAGAGCACGAAGAUCACGAAGGUCCCGAAGAUCACGAAGAACAAGAAGUGCAAGAAGAGGUGGAUGCAGAGGACCUGGGCAAGGACCUGAACACGAAGGCGCUCCCGGAGACUCUGGAACCCGAGGUUCCUGCAGAUCUCUCGCAGAAGUACAAGCUCCCCGCAGAGCAACACGAACUGCAGCAGGCGAUGUCUACACGGCAGACGCUGUGCAUCGAUGACCCCAUGGAGCUGGGACGAUCCCUAGGUGCGAGCUUCCAGGGAUUCGAACGUCUUUGCUAUGAGUGGAGGCGCGCAUAUCACCUCCUGUCGGAAGGGCCUGGCGAUGACAUUCAACGCUUGCGUGAGCUGUUCUGUGACAAGCCAGCUCCACCCCGGUCGAUCUACACCCUUGAGAAGCAACGGGCGUUUCCAACUUUGGUCGAAAGGGCCGAUAGGGACAGGGCCGACAGGGCCGACAGGGACAGAAGAGGCGACAGGUGGACUGGGACAACUGGGACAGGUGGGAGUGGCAGGUCCUGGUACUCCGGAGCUUAUGGCAAGGGUCCGACCGGUGCAGAGUUUGUGCAGAGCACGGCAUACCCAGGCUGGCGUGGUCAGAAGGGGCCACGGCAUGGAGAAGACGCCGGCCAAGCACGAGCUGGCAAGGACACAGGGUGGAGCACAAGGGAAGGAGAUGGUAAAGGGGCCAAGGAAGGAAAAGACGGAAAGUCUAUGGCUAUGCCGAUGUCGAAGGGGAUGAAAUCAAUGAUGAAAGGCCAAGCCGAGGGCAAAGGCCUCUGGCAGUGA